UUUAUGAGCUGUUUUUCCUUCUCCCCCAGCUGGGUGCAGAGUUUUGGCCACGAGGGUCUGGGACUGCUGCUAGACAUUCUGGAGAAGCUGCUCCACAAGAAACACCAGGAUAAACCUGACAAGAAGAGCCAGCAUAAAGUCAUCCAGUGCCUCAAAGCCUUCAUGAACAACAAGUAUGGGUUGGAGCGUAUCCUGUCAGAGGAGAAGUGUCUGACCCUGUUGGCCCGAGCCAUCGACCCCACCCAGCCCGCCAUGAUGACCGACGUGGUCAAGCUGCUGUCAGCCAUCUGCAUUGUGGGCGAGGAGAACACUUUGGAGAAGGUCCUUGAAGCCGUCACCACAGCAGGAGAACACAGGGCCACGGAGAGGUUCAGUCCAAUCGUAGAAGGACUCAGAGAUCGCUCCGUCCAAUUACAAGUGGCCUGCAUGCAGCUCAUCAAUGCUCUGGUGACGUCUCCAGACGAGCUGGACUUCAGGCUUCACAUCAGGAAUGAGUUUAUUCGCUCCGGCCUCAGAGAGAUUUUACCGCAUCUGACAACGAUCAGGAACGAUGCUCUGGACAUUCAGCUCAAGGUGUUUGAGGAGCACAAGGAAGAGGAUCUGAUGGAGCUCAGUCACCGGCUGGAGGACAUGAAGAGUGAACUGGAUGAUGUGGGAGACGUGUUCAACGUGGUUCAUAGUAUGGUGAAGGACACAGGGGCAGAGGUCUAUUUCCUCUCCAUCCUACAACACCUCAUGCUCAUCCGGAACGACUACUUUGUCCGGCCGCAGUAUUUUAAGAUCAUAGAAGAGUGUUUAUCUCAGAUCGUUCUCCAUCGCAGUGGGACCGACCCAGACUUCAGCUACCGAAAACGCCUUGAUGUGGACUUCAGUGUCCUCCUGGACGUGUGUGUGGAUAAGGCUCAGCUAGAAGAGUGUGAGCUGAGAGCUGCUGACUUGGCUCUGAAGUUUGACGAGGAGUACCUGGGUCGACAGGAGGCUCAGGCUCAGCUGUUGAAGAGUGAAGAGAAGAUCAAUGAAUUGCAGGCAGAGCUACUUGCCUUCAAGUCCCAGUUUGGAGCGGUCCCAGUGGCCCUCUCCUCCGCCCGUCCUUCCCAGGCUGGCUUCCCCUCCUCUGCCUUUCCCUCCCUCCCUCCGCCUCCUUCUGGUCCUGGAGGUCCCAUGCCUCCUCCCCCUCCUCCUCCCCCCCUCCCAGGCUGCGGCCCACCUCCCCCGCCAGGAGUGCCUCCCCCGUUCGGUUGCCCCCCUCCCCCUCCUCCUCCACCGGGGUUCUGUGGGCUGGGCUCGCCUACCCACAACACCUUGCCUUUCGGACUCCGGCCCAAGAAGCAGUUCAAGCUUGAGACUUCCAUGAAGCGCCUCAACUGGUCCAAGAUCCGCCCCCAGGAGAUGUCCGAGAGCUGUUUCUGGGUGGUGGCUAACGAGGAUCGCUAUGACAACCCGGACCUGCUCAACAGACUGGCGCACACCUUUGGCUCCUACAGACCAGAGGCAGCAGGGUAUUGGCUGAUACAGGUAUUACAGCCUGAGGGGCAACAUCUGGGGGCCGAAGCUGUUCCCCACCCCUCCCCUGGGGGACGAGCAGCUGUUCCCCACCCCUCCCCUGGGGGCGAGCAGCUGUGUGUAUUUGAUCGUUGA